AUGAGGAGCAGCCUUCGCUUGGCGAUACUCGGCGACGGCGAACAUGACGGUGACAAAGAAAGGCGGAGAGCUCAAGAAGAACAUGCAGCUAGAACUAUUCAGAAGAUGUGGUGGCGUCACUUAAAGUUAAGACUGUUUAAACUUCUGAAACACACAAUUUGUGCAGCGGAGCACUGCAUUAGCUAUGACAUUUUGAAAAGAGUGAGUCCUUUGGAGGCUGAACUUCUUAAAGACCCUACUGUUCAGUGUAAAGUCCGAUUCAGAUUUGCUGGGUCUGAAUUUCCCCCUUUUGUGGUGUUCAAGAUAUAUUGCAAGUCAAGAUCACAAAAGAGCAAGUACAUUAGUGGGAAAAAAGUAAUAACAUCAACAAGUGAGGCAGCUAUUGAUGCCUGCAAAUUAAUGGGAUAUCGGAAGUAUUAUAAACAGAUGCUGCAGGACGAAGUUCAGAAUAAGAAAUAUGGAAUAACAGAUGAGAUGGAUGUUGCUACAAUAAAAGACUACGUGAAAUAUGUCAGUUACAUCGAUGAGAUUCCAUCACACUUUGGUGGUAGGCAUAACUACUGGAGAAAACUGUCUUUGGAAAACUUUCCCAGAGCAACGAUACUGUAUGACAUCAUGGACUAUGCAGAGUCUAGGAAGAUGUCUGCCAGGCUUAGGGCAGAAUUGCCAUUUCUGCUGCUAAUACCACAGAAUGAAGAAAUGUGUCGUGCUCAAGUCUUGGCUGUUUGUCAUAUCAGAUCUCCAUCACCAUGUUCCACAGCUGCCACUCUAUCAAAACUAGACCAAAAAUCAGUGUACAGACCUUCUGAACGUCGUUCUUACCAAGCUCGACAGAAAAUUGCAAAAAUGAGGAAGGCAUAUAGGAUUGAGAAAGGAGGAGUGGAGCCAUUUUUAAGUGGUUAUGCAGAAACUAUGGUUUUAUUCAAUGAAAGCCCAAGCAACCAAAGUCUACUUUCAGUUGAAGACUGGGAGAAGGAGGCAGUACAGCUCUAUGACUGGGCCAGAUCACUACGAACUGAAGAUAUCGGGGAAGACUAA